AUGAAGGACAGCGCUGCCACGGUCUCUAACCGUGAGAUCGGGCCUUAUUCUCACCCGCCGCAACCGUCCCGUUGGAACCCUCGAAACUGGACGAGGAGAGGAUGGCUCAUCAUGGUGACGGUGGUGAUUCUGAUCGUGGUGGCCAUCGUUGGGGCGGUCGUUGGUGUCAAGGCGUCGCAAAAUAAUAGUGCUAAUAACAGCGUCGACUCAAGAUAUCCCGACUACUCGAAGCUCAACUACACCUUGGUUGACACCUAUUCUGGGGUUUCCUUUUUUGACAAAUUCACCUACUUUAAUACCUGGGAUCCAGCCGCCGGCUUUGUCCACUACGUCGACGCAGCGUAUGCCGCACAAUACAACCUCACCCACGCUUCGGAAUCCUCCGCCAUCAUUCGCGUCGACACGACAGUCGGGCCCGGCUCCGACCCCGACGCAUCCACCGGGCGCUUUUCCGUCCGCCUCGAGUCCAAGACUCAAUACGGCCCGGGGCUUUUCCUCUUCGAUGUCAAACACACCCCUUACGGGUGUGCCACAUGGCCUGCCCUUUGGUUGACUGACCCCAACAACUGGCCAACCAACGGCGAAAUCGACCUCAUGGAAUCCGUCAACCAAGCCACCUCCGGCACCAACCUCGUAGCACUGCACACCACCGACUCCUGCGACAUGACCAACAUCCGCCGCGAGAUGGCCGGCACCGCAGGCCAGGGCGACUGUCACAACACCACCAACGCUAACACGGGUUGCAUCGUGACCGGCCCUCCUGCCACAUACGGACCAGACUUUAAUGCCGCGGGCGGCGGAGUGGUCGCGCUGGAGUGGCGGGUGGAGGGGAUCCGGGUGUGGGUGUUUCCUCGGAGUGGUGGGAAGAGUAGUGGUGGGAUCACGGCGGUGCCGGCCGGGAAGACGCCUGAUCCGAGUGUUUGGGGCCAGCCGUUGGCUGAUUUCCCUGCGACGAAUUGUGAUGUGGGGAGUCACUUUCGGAAUCAGAGUAUUGUGGUUAAUAUUGAUUUGUGUGGGUAUCUUACCGAGGCUGUGUGGGAGGAUUCGGGGUGUAGCACCUCGAAAUGCACCGAUUAUGUUGCCAACAACCCAUCAGCCUUUAAGGAUGCUUUCUGGGAGUUUGGUGCGUUUGAAGUGUACCAGGCUAGAUGA